AUGGAAAACGGCACAGAAGGCAAGAACUUCUACAUCCCCAUGAAUAACAGGACGGGGAUUGUGAGGAGUCCUUUCGAAUAUCCACAGUACUACCUGGGGGAUCCAAUCCUGUUCAAAUUGCUGGCUGUCUACAUGUUUUUCCUCAUCUGCACUGGCUUCCCCAUCAACUUUCUGACUCUGAUGGUCACAGCUCAGAACAAGAAACUGCGGCAACCUCUCAACUUUAUUCUGGUCAACCUGGCUCUGGCUGGAUUGGUCAUGGUCUGCUUUGGAUUCACCAUCACCUUUGUAACUGCCAUCAACGGCUACUUUGUUUUUGGACCAUUGGGCUGUGCAGUUGAGGGAUUCAUGGCCACUCUGGGAGGUCAAGUUGCGCUCUGGUCUCUGGUGGUGCUGGCUGUUGAGAGAUACAUUGUUGUCUGCAAACCCAUGGGAAGCUUCAAGUUCACUGGAACUCAUGCAGGAGCUGGAGUUGCUUUCACCUGGGUCAUGGCUAUGGCUUGUGCUGCCCCUCCACUGGCUGGCUGGUCCAGGUACAUCCCUGAGGGUCUGCAGUGCUCUUGUGGACCUGACUACUACACUAUGGCUCCAGGUUUCAACAACGAGUCAUACGUCAUAUACAUGUUUGUUUGCCACUUCUGUUUUCCAGUUUUCACUAUCUUCUUCACCUAUGGAAGCCUUGUGCUGACAGUCAAAGCUGCUGCAGCUCAGCAGCAGGACUCAGAAUCUACCCAGAAGGCUGAGAGGGAAGUGACACGCAUGUGCAUCCUGAUGGUUUUGGGAUUCUUGGUGGCUUGGACUCCAUAUGCCAGCUUUGCUGCAUGGAUUUUCUUUAACAAAGGAGCUGCUUUCUCAGCUGUAUCCAUGGCUGUCCCUGCCUUCUUCUCAAAGAGCUCAGCAUUGUUCAAUCCAAUCAUCUAUGUGCUGUUUAACAAACAGUUCCGUAACUGCAUGCUGAGCGCUGUUGGGAUGGGUGGCAUGGUGGAGGAUGAGACCUCAGUAUCAACCAGCAAGACAGAAGUGUCCACUGCUGCCUAA